AUGGUGAAAGCAAAGAAAGCAGCUCAACAAGCCGAAUCAUCCAAGGGAGAGGCACAUGCAGCGCCUGAAGAAAGUCGGAGGUCACUCACUGACGGCGAACCUGAAUCGCCUCCGCCGAGAAACGAUAUGCCCGUUUCUGAUGUACUCCCUGAGGUUACUGAGGAGCUUGACUCGUUCAACACCGCGAAUGAGAAAGCUGCUUCAGAAGAUAGCGAUGAAAGAACUCCGGGUAUUGGGGAAGAGCCAUCAGCGAAAGUGCCUGAAGCAGAUCCGCAACCGCAAAUUGGAUCCUCUAAUGCUGACAUUCAAGAUGUUCCGGUCACUGAUAAAUCGUCGGAAGAGAAGGAUGAGUCUGCUUUACAGCUGGUGGUCGUUGAAGAUGAGAAGGAACAGAGUGGAGCCGAGGCUGAAUCAGGCAAGACGGGUGAUGAUGGACCCAAAGAUGAUGAAGCUUCACAGAAGGAAAGGAAGACAGGGGAGUCUAGUACACCGACUCAAUCUCAGUUUCUCACACCAGGAGAUGCAGCCAAGUCUCCAUAUUUGGCUAAGGAAGCAGGAGCCUCACCUCAGUUGAGAUCGAGAAGGUCUGGUGACAAAAGUGCUGAACCAAUGCCUCCUCUCAUCAAGAAAAGGUAUGAUCAGUUUCUUAAGCGUAAAGUACUUGCUGAGCGUUCGGUCGAUAUGAAGGAAGCUGAUCAGUGGGGUUACUUGGCGGUUAUCAAGAAAGGAUCUAUGGAAUCAACUGUCUCGAGUCUUGCUGUGUAUGUUGAGCAAGUUGUAGCUGAGUUCUAUGCAGGUCUGCCGAGUACUAAAGCUGAAGCAGAUGUUGAUGAAGUAGUUGUUUCCGUGAGAGGACAAGAGUACAAGUUCUCACCUGCGCUCAUCAACAACGCCAUAGAUUGGGAACCACUUACUGAGGAAGAAGAGGAGGAAGACACAACUUUGGAUGAUAUCUCAGUAACUGAGUUGGCUUCAUUCAUCACUGGAGAUACGAGGACAGAAUGGGACGGUCUCACUACAGCGGAUCUUACUCCGUGCUACGGUGCCUUGAUGAUCAUAGCUGCAUACAACUGGAUUCCUUCUACUCACAAGACUUAUGUCUCACUUGAGAGGGCAAGGCUGAUCUACAAGAUGGCUCAUGGAGUCCGUGUUGAUUUGGGUAAGAUGAUGUUCAGACAGAUUCUCAAUCUUGGAGUGAUUCAGGUCAAUGAUGCACGUUGGUUGAUCUUCCCUCGCUUGAUCAUGGCACUCCUCCAAAGCCAGCAUGCAGUUACAUCUUACCCCAGUGACAAGCUCCAACGUCCGGUUCCCUACAAGAAGGAUAAACGAGUGGGCGAGAUCUAUGAGCAGAGAAUAGCGAAAGGAAAGGGACCAGCUAAAGCUGAACCAAAGAGAAGCUCUGCCAGGACAACCCGUCAGUCAUCUCCUGCUCCGAUUCCUGCUCCACGAACUGCUACACCAAGCUCCAGGACUGCACCACGUCGUGUAUCUCUGUAUGAAGUUGGAUCAGUUGCCAUCCCUCGAGGACCACUCAGCCGGGUUGAUUUGCAAGUGGCACUACAGGACACAACACGAGCCCUUCAAGCGCUAGCUGAGAUAGUUCAGGAUCUUCAGAGCGCUGUAGCAGGUUAG